GCGAGGGCGGGUGCCUCCGUUGAAACUACCCCUUGACGACAGCCCGCAGCCAUUCGCACCCUCGACCGAUCUCGCGCCGCGUAAUUCCUCGUUCCCUUCGAUAAUCGAGCCGUCUGCGGAUCCGCGACAACCAUUUCUCGUCUUGCUGGAUCGAGGGACGCGCGAGCCGUUCGUCCAGUCAGUUUCAGCAUGGAGGACCGCAACGUGAUGGACCGAGGCGACAACUUUUACCUGCUCGCCGAGGAAGAAUUGUCCCAACUCUUGGACUUCCUCGCUGGCUAUUUACCAGAAUCCCUAAAGUUUCAUCAAACUUUGUUGACCUACAUGCGUGACAAAGUGUGGGACUUUCAUUUCUACGUGGCCGACGGAUGGCCCGAAGCUGCAAUCUGUUUACAUUUUCCAGGCAUGACGUUAGCCCCUCACGGUUUGCUCUACGAGAGCGUGGGCGUCUUUUGUCCCAACGACCGGCUGGAGCUGCUCAAGUUGCUGAGGGACGAGGACAAGCUGAUCGACUGGUCCAAGCCUCUGUACAUCAAUUUCGUUCACUACGACAUCGCGGAGGAGCUGACGCGCCUCUACGAGGGCACAGGAACGAUCGAGAGAGUGGUAGGCGACGUUUUCGUCUGCGAGGACCCGGAGAACGCCGAUUGCGUCGAGGAUCCCGACUGCGAGAACGCUGAUCCUGAGGUGCAGGUCCUGUCGCUACAGGCCGAACACGCCGAAGGGAUCCACGAACUCUAUCCCGCGAACGACAUGGAGUGCCACGAGCUCUUCCUGCGGCUGAUCAGGUCACUUCCGGCAGCUGGGGUCUUCGUCAAUGGCAGUCUGGCCGCCUGGAUGGUCCAGUCCUAUUACGGGGCCAUGUUCUCCAUGCAGACCAAGCCGGAGUACCGGAGGAAGGGUUACGGAACGAAACUAGCAAGGUACCUGACGAAACGGGUGGCCGAAAGAGGCUACCGACCUUUCGUGGUGAUACGUCCAGAGAACGAGGCCAGCCAGAGUCUGUACAAGAAGCUGGGCUUCAGGAAUCUCUACCAAACGGUCCGGAUGACGUUCGUGCCUUCGUCGUGGCAGGACACGGAGGAGAAAACGGACAGCGUCCUGAGGGACAACUUGGAGACCGCCUUUAGGCACCUUGCGAUCGAACAAAAGGUGGUGAACGCUUUCAGAAUCGAGGAGAUCUCGGACAACAAUGAACUCGCGAUGGACGAGGAAGAGUUGGAAAUGGUGGUGGAGGAACCGAGCGAGAAAAUAGAGGUGGACGAAAUAACUGAGGACGGUAAGCAACUGGCGGAGGGGGAGGAACCGUCGGGAAACGCCGAAGAAGCCCCGAACGACGGUGGCGAUCAAGACGACGGAGGAACGGACGCUGGGGACACGGAAUAAUUAACUAUACAUUCGAUUAUUCGAUAGAAGGUCCACGAUUUGCGUCGCGUAGCUCGCUCGAGGAUGUGCUCUUCCCUUCGCGGGCUCGCGGAUCGUUUCUGCAGACGACGAAUCCGUUGAUUCCCGGCAGAACGAUCCACAGCGCGAGAAAAUUCAUCGAUCAAAGUCGUAGGUAGGAUCUAGCGGUUCCGACGAUCGAGUCACAAAAAUGCGUCGAGUAUCAUUUUAUAACUGCGGACAAAUUGAUUACAAAUCCUCGUUUUAGACUAUUACCGGUAGCUUUUUAUAAGCGAAUCGAAUCGAUGUAACAAAUUGAAAGUAAUCGAUCGCGAUAGGCGAAAUUUUUUACGUUUGAUCGAUGAUGCAUGCCCUUCGGAGACGCAGUCUCGUCGGGGCAGAUCCUCGAGCGAGAUCCACGACGGAAUAGAGAGAGAAAAGAAAUUAUUUUAAGAAAUUUAACAACAUUACGGCACCGCGUUCGUGCGAGGCUUCAAUUCGCGUACGAAGAUGGCACGAUUCUGCGUACGGUUCCUCAUAUCAGACUGUUUGGUAAGUGUCGCGAAAGUCUCAGGAAUCAGCUAGACGUAUCCUUUUUGGGUUGCCAAGGUUAGAUGGUUUCAAAGUCUAUCCAUACCGUGUCAGGUAUCUUCCUGUUGUAUUCGAUGGGUUCAUCGUUUCAAAUGUUUAGCGUUGUACGGAUGUCCUCGGCUUGUAUGCGGCCAUAAUCGCGUAUGCACGGAAUGAGCCUAACUGUACAGGCUUCACGCUCCAAAUUAACCCCUUUGCGGAUCAAGUUUUCGAAUCCGGCUGACUCAAAACGCGACCAAUUGGUACCUUCAACGUUACAUAAGUAUAGUAUUUCAAAUAAAAUUUUAAUUAAUUUUCAAGUAAGAACUUUACAUCAGAUUUUUAUUUUUACUAACGAAAUCAAUUUGUAAAAAGACUGUACCUGCAAACGGGGUAAUAUGGAGAUCAAUACCUGUCGUUAUAUCUUCAAGAUAAUAUUGUCAAAGGCUUGAUGAAGUUCUUAUGACAAAAAAGAGUCCAAACACGACCCCGUUCCAAUUAAUAUACAUUCAAGUAUAUUAAAUUUGGAAAAAUUUAUCUUUAUUUAAAUUGCGGAUAAAGAAUAAUUAAAAGUCCAAACGAGAUGAUGCCCUCGUGAAGAUAUAACGAUAACUAUGAGGAGGAAUGUUUAUUUUCAAAAAUGAUUAAAUAGAAGUUGCGAGAUCGAGAGUCUUGUUGCUUCUAAGCGGGGACGAAUUGGUGGCAUAGAAGCGAGGAUCACCGUAUCUAUCACGAUCGUAUAUAAUCGUUGCAUAGUUGGAGUUAAUCCGGAAUCGAUCGCGUAAAAACGAAAGGAAGCGGUCGGUUUCGCGUUAACCGAUGCGAUCGGUUCUAUAGACUUGUAUCCUCGAGAAGCGAUAGACGUUUUUACCAAUUUACGAAUGUCCGCGAGCGUCGUUGUUCAUUAAACUGAACGUAAUUAACAAGUUCCAGUGUAUUCGGUUUCUUAUUGCACAAAGAACGUUGAAAGGUACGAGCAUAUAUCGUCCCGGUUGCUCGAUCGUUAGUUUCUCAGCGACCAAAAUCCAACGUACGAUAGACUUUGAAUAACGAAUCAUUCGUGUCGAAACGACGAAUCCUAAUUCGCGAGAGAAAGAGCGAACACCGUGAUCGCUCGGAAGUGUUGCUCGGUGAAUCGAUCUGUGAUUGUAAUUUUCCCUGUAUAAAGUAGCGUUUCAAACAAAAAAAUUCCGAAGCCUCGUGCGACCUCGACACGCUUUCCUUAAUAUAAGUAGAAGUAAAAUUGCUGUGCCCGUGCGCUCGACCGUAAUGAAUAUUUCAAGCAUACCGAAUUACGGGGACAAAACGGCUUCGAUGCUCGAAAACUUAAAACACGAACGGUAUUUUCGAUUACGCUGGCCCGUUGAAGAAAGUUGCGUUUCAAGCACCGUGUGUCCGACAAAAAAAUUUGCUUGCAACUUUUCUCAACGCCCUACAGAACAAAAACACAAGAAAAAUACAAAAAAAUGAAAAAUAACAUUAAAGCGACGAACGUAGAAAAUUUCAGGCUCCAGCUUCUCUUAUUCGGAGCGAAACAAUUCCUUAUCGGUACAAAAAAAAAAAAAAAACCUGCGUACCCACGGACAGAAUUCGCCAAACGAAAUUCACGACGGUGGCGAGGAAGAAAAAAAAAAAUUCGUUUCUAGUCGUAGCGAUCGGUCCAGCGUGCGAGCCAAUGAUAAUAAUAUUAAUAGAGACGAUCAUACGAUUAAUAUUAUUAUUAGUUACAGAAUACACGUGUACGAUAUGAACAUACCGCGCGCAAAUAGGAAACCCGGUCGGCCUGGCUUGGUCGUCGAAAGAACCAUUUCUAGGGACUAUAAGACGUAGCUAUUAUUUGUAGCAUUUUUUCUACGUUUCGUAGAUGCGACUCGUCGGCAACGUGCGAAGAGAAAAAACAGGUUUGAAAGCUCGUAGCCGGGUCGACCGUGAGGUUCCUCGAAGGCCCUCGACGCCCCUCCUUUAUUUUCGAUUUUCGACAUUUCCGGGGGCCAGCUGUGAUAUUUUCCCCACUCCGUGUACGUUCUGAUCGUAAAUACGAAACUCGAAAGGGGUACACUCGGACGAACACUUUUUUAACGGAAUCAAGCUCAAAUAACCUUUGUUUCGUAAAAAUCGACAGUCAGAAAUCGUCGAUGUUUUAGGAUUUCUCGGUCCUUAAAUUUCUCCUGCGUUUUGCGAAAAGAAUGAGUUAAUUUUCUUUCCGUCUUACGUGAUAAAGAAAAAAUUAAACCUUUUCUCAACAAUUAAUAACUCGGAAACAAACCUUUCGUCGUAUUUUGGCACGUAGAAUCACUUUUUAAAAAUUUACUCACCUACGAAUGAUUCCGUAUCCGCCGUCCGUCAGUAGGCGCCAUCUUUCGGAAGUCAAAGGGUUAAGGAAGUAGGCACGACCUGAACCAGAUCGUUCAAUGACGGACACCAGUGAAAAAUGCUCGUCCGGAUCCGUGAUCCCUUCUUGUUAGGUCUAGGCGAAACUAGGUUGUCGUUAAUGGGACACGCCGAAACUCCCCGAAUUCCAUUGAUGUUUUGCCACUUACGCGUUUAGAGGAGCGAAUAAAUUUGCUUCGAACCGUUCGAUUUGAUUGCAGGCAUAGUGGCAAGAAUAACGUAAUAGCACCGUUAAUUGUUUGUCAUUGAAUCUGUGAGGGAUAAAUUUUACUACCGUUAAUACGUUACAGUUUAUUAAUUUUAAACGUUCUGAUCGAGAUCCUUCCGGUUUUCAGCACAAACUGUUAGACCGACACGAAUAUGUCGUCGAUCUAACUUAUAAGUCAAUUUUUAAUUUUACGAGUCUCGACAAAUUUUACGUCCGUUAACCGUCUACGAAAACAAUCAUUUCUUUUUACUAGCAACAACGUUCUUGUCAAUGUGCACCGCGAACGUAACGUACAUCAAUUUUUAAUUAGUCUAUACGAAACUACUCACCUCGAAAUUCACUUGUUUGCUCGUGAUUCCAAAAUAUUCGAGAGACAUGAUAAUAACGUCGAACACGUACGAAGAACUUUCGUGAAAUAAUGUACGACAAAUUAUUGCCCCUUGAAUGGGAAGUAUCGUGUCUUGUAACACAAUAUGUCGAGCAUGAUUACCUUGACCGCCUCAUGGUAACAAAAUGACACGAUGCGACGAAAUUCCACAAUUCAUAUUCUUAAUUCCAUUUUACAUCGUUAACCUGCGACAAAUCCGACCAAAUGAAACAAUCGAUAGUUUAAACGUGCGAGACAAUUACGUUACGCAUUACGUACCGAUAGAAACAAACAAAAAAAAAUUGAACUUAAUUUCUACAAAAUCGUUCUAACCUGUCGAACCUUUGUUUCGCCAUCUUUAGCUGUAACAGUAAUUGUAAACUUACCCGAGCCAGGUUCCGUCGUUAUUUCGUACACUUUCUUACGCCGUGUGUAAGCUCGAAUGGAAUUCGCGAGUACAAUCCAAGGAGAAGUGGCUGUUACGAGGGACAAAUUUUUCUGAUCGUACGAUUCGAAAUGAUAAUGGGCACUGAAUUUAAUAGAACAGAAUGCAUAUUAUUGGCACGAUGCGUGUCGCGUCCUGUGGCUUGGAACAAUAGGAACCGGUCGACAAAAAUUCAUUGUAGUUCCUGUGUUUUAAACUAGAUAGCGGAGGUGGUUAGUGGCGCUGCAACGAUCGAAGCGUUUUCCCUCCAUUUUCCCCGCAGCUUCCCUCCAUUAAAAAUUGUAACGCGUGCGGUGCACUCGUCGCUUCGAUUUCUCGUUCACAUUAAGUCAAUUAUAAUUACAGGUAUGAUAAAAACUAUAACUUAUCGUGUCGCAUCGUUAACUCUGCUAGAUAAUCGAUGAAAUUUUGUCCAUUACAGUAUCAAAUAUCAAAUGCAGAAGUAAUGCGAUGGAUUUACAAGAUUCGAGUCCGUGACCGUUGAUCACGUUUUCGUUUCGUGCAAAAUUCGAGAUACGAAUCAGACAUUUUUUGAUCUGUCUAUAGAACAUCGCAUGAAAAUACAGGUAAAAAAUGAAAGAACAUAAUUAUAAUCAGGUUAAUAACGCGUCAAUAGGCACCGAUUGUUCUAGUACAAAGAGAUUUUUAACGAUUCGUGAUACGUGCAUAAUUCGCACAAUAACCUCUCGUAACGGCCAUUAUACAUCUAUCUCCGUUGCACAGGUUUAAGUAGAUCGAUUUGGAAUUACGCGAGCUUUGCUUUGCUCUCGAUUUCCAGAGUUUGUCUCUUUCAAGUUAAUUCGAUGCAGAAAUAAUAAAAUAACGACGAUAGUAAACGAAAAUUGAUAAAUUAACAAAAAUAAGAAACCCAAGUUGAUUGAAUAUAUCCUUAUCGACCAAUUUGUGUAUUACGUUGAUAAAAUAUGUACCGAUAAUCGUAUAAAAAAAAGUACGUUUUUUCGUAAUUGCCACUUAUUUCGUUAACUUCUUAUUUUUGUUAUUUUUGCAUCGAUCCUACGAAUCUAAUUUAUUCGCACAAUGCGCUGCAAAUGAGUUCGCUAUUUUUAACACCUUUAGGCACUUAAUUUCUCGCGAGUAAAAGCCUUUUUAUCGAUUCCAACCUAAAAACGCUAAUUGACAGCCAUUGGCUUCUUUUAUUCAAUACGCUUCCUCGAACGUUUUCUCCUUCCUAUUAAACUACUGUAACGGAAAGUCAAGAAAAGUGUCCGAACGGAAAAAAAGUAAUGAAAAGGAAAGAAACAACAACGAAGUAAUUACUACAAUUAAAUUUAUACCAGCCUGCAUCUAGUUUGCUAAUCCUAGCGUUGUGCGAAUCAGUGUCUCGCGAAAUAGGCCUAAAAUCCGUCUGUCAACACCUAAACAACACACUUCUUCUAACGCUUAUUGUAAAUAUAUAUGAUAUACAUAUAUAAAUAUAUCCUUCCUAUUUCCUCGUGCACGUUGCCUUCCGCUGCAACACAAUCUUUGUCUGGAACAACACAUAAACCUCAGUCCUACGACGUAUGAAAGUCAUAAAAGACAAAAAAAAUGAUUAAUAAAUGAAAGAAGGAAUUAUGUCGCGAAUGCAAAAGCAUCGUAAGUCUGUUGAUUGUACGAAGCGAUAAGAAAGAAUGUUAACAUGCGAAACAGUGUCUGGGAAUACGUAAUUUGUCUGCUCUGACAGUAGACGCCCGAUUUGUGUAAUUUGUAUGUUCGAAGAGAAGUGAAUAGAUAUUGGGUAACGUUAGUUUUGUGAAAACUGGAAACUGGAAAUGAGUUUUGGGUAAUAAAUGGAAAAAACAAAUACGA